CCCAAAGCUGGAGAGGACUACUCUCCUUCUGGCACCCGCUCAUGACCUAGCCGCCGCUCAUCCCUACCCCCAAUUCCUUGGCUCGAGUGCUCGACGGCCUUGGUGUCGGCUCUGGUGUUCUUCCAUCAAAGGGAAAAUCGACCCCAAAUCCCGAUCGUUUUAGGUGGAUUGGUGCCGGAUCGUUGUGUUUCCUUGGCCGCUGCAAGCGCAUCUCAGAUCAGGCGAGAAGCUGCCGUAUUGUCCAGGAUCAGGAAGGGGUUGAAAUGACGAGCUAUCUACGGCAGUUUAUGUAUCUGGUGGUGGAUGGCAAGAGGCCCCGCAUUUUGGACCUGCACUGCAUCGACAUGUCGCGCUUCUUCACUCAGAGAUCGCCGCUGAUUGGGGAGGCUGUGGACGCUCGGCUGCCUUGCUCCAAGAUGACCUUCUGUGCCCCCUCGUCGGAGCACUGCAGUGGCACCAUGCACUUCACCCUCCUUGGCCGCGAUAAGGUGCUCGCCACGGACCAGACAGGCCGCGCCUCCAUCUACGACGCCGGUUUGCACGCCUUGUGCACGACGCCCGCCCUCAGCAAACCGAAGCACCGCCCUCUGCACGUCGCUAUUGGGGACAGACUCUACGUCCUCGACUCGACUCAAAAUGAUGUUGUCAGUGAGAGUGAGCCCUCCUUUGAGGUUAUUGCCUACGAGAGCGUCCGCGCUCCAGACGGCUUCCAGUACAAUGACUGGCAUUGCCACUCUCUUCCAAUGCCGCCCUGCCGCCCCACCAACAUCAGCUCCUAUGCUGUGGUUGGCAACUCGGACAUUUGGGUGUCCGCGGAUGAUGAGGGCACCUAUUCAUUUGACACAUCAGGCGGGGCUUGGGUCAAGAAGGGAGACUGGACCCUGCCCUUCCGGGGCCUUGCACACUACGUCUCUGAGUACAAGCUCUGGUUUGGCCUCUCCAGCAAGAACAACAUUUUCAGCGCCUUCGACCUCACCAGGCAGCAGUCGCCUCCUGUCCUCCUCAAUGUCUUGGAAGACAUUGGACCACAGAAGAAAUGGCUCCCAAUUACAUCCUUUCUAGUGCACCUGGGCAGCACCAGAUUUUGCAUUGCCAGAUUGUUCUGCAUAGAUGACGAUGAUCGCAAGAAGAAGCUUGCUGUUUUCACUGUCGUGGAGGUAGAGCCUCUUUGCGAGACUAGCAAGGGACUUCGGAUGGUAAAAUGCAAAUCUCUAUGUUACAAACUACGCGACAACAUCCUCAACCAUUUCGUGUUUUAAUAAUGUUCUUGACUUGAUUUCACUUACAAAAUCCAGUCUCUGUGUAAUGCAACGCAAUGUAAUAGAAGUCAAGUCAAGUAUGUACUUUGUUCGAUUAAUGAUAUGGUCCAUGUUGAAUUCCAUAUCUUUAGAAAAAAGUAAAUGCGUCGGUUCUAGAGCAUUUCAACAGGAUCUGCUCAAUAAGGUGGCCAGUGUUAUUCUGUUGGAAAAGUUGUACCCGUGGAUGCAUUAGUCACCUCGCACCCUGCUUCUCUGCAACCUUUGGACAUAGUCCUGGCUCCUCAGCCUGCUUCCUUGAUCAAGCUGGUGUAGCUGUGUACGUUUUAUUCAGGUAUGCCAUCAACUCAUAUAUAUAUCUGUCAAUCUGUGCCUUGAUGAAGCUGGUGGUGCUUUUCAGGUAUAUAUGUGCUUUCCAUUCUGUACAAUCCCUGUGGAACAAGAGCAGAUUCUCUGAUUGGUAUAUGUAGCCAUGAAUCCUUACUCUAGCACCUAUUAUUUUUCUUUGAAUGUCACCGUUGAUGUUCGUUAUGUACUUGUCCAUAAAGGUGCGUCUAGUAAAGUCCAUUUUCAUUUUUUAUUAUUACUCAAUCCUUUCCCUGUUGACUCGGCACUAUACAACAAACACAAUUGACAAGGUCAUCCGAUCUCCAACUUGUGAUUGUGUCCUUGCCUAGUUUUAGAAUUUGCCAGCCGAAAGCUAGAUAUGUGUACUGGUAAUUAGCCCAAAACAUGAAUAUUGGACCCUCGACAGUGCUUUCUGAUAGUUUUGUUAUCUCAGGAACUUGGCUGGUUAGAUUUUGCAGAAAAUAAGAGCAUUACUGAUUCUCCACAAGGCUGAAUCUCUAACAAAUGUUGAAAACCCAAUUGAGGCUGGGCAAGUGAUGCUAAAGAGGGGGAUCUGCACAAAGCAGGUUGUCAUCAAAAUGGGUUCCAAGGUAUUGAUCAUGAUAACUAAGAAUGCUGCUUCCUUUGCACCUUGUUGCAAGAUUAUGUUGCGGGUUCGGUUGGAUGCGAAGAUAGAUUUACUGUGCUCUUGGGUUCCUCCAUGACUUGCUGGCUAUGAACACAUUAACACUGCAAAUUCUGUUGGUGGUGCCAUUGCCACCGGCUGUGGGGCAGGUAGAAAUGUUGCUCACCAGGAUGAAGUACUACAGCACUUGAGUGAAGCCGAUCUCAACGAAGAAGACACCGCAAGGAGUAAGCUGAUUGAAGGAAAGCUCUUUCUGUCCUGAGGUCGCAAUUCUAUCUAGGACUUCAGUCGAUGGUUUCUGUGAUGUCACUCCUGUUUGUGAUGUGGUUCCCGUUAGAGUAAAGCACUGCCCAGGCUUGAAUACUACAACUCAAUAGUAGAUGGUUGUAUAAAUUCAUUCUGUUGUCAGGUGAUCACUGAUGCCUCCAGGUAAAGCUAUUUGUUGUGAAGAAUGUGGGUUUGUGAAGCUUGUUUGCUGUACAGCUGCAUCCUCACAUGGUAUGAUGUUGCCUUCUGAAGUUUGUUCUAACCUAAA